AUGAAUAGCAAUUGGAUUCAUCAUAUUAAGAAUAGAGAUGGAAUUAUAUCGGAAGAGGAAUCUGUUAUACAGAACAUUUUUUUUUCUGAUUUUUUCAAAAUGAAGUGGCAGCAUAGAGUUUGCUCAUUAGAUGGGUGGCCGAAUCCGUCUAAAUUGAUUAGCAGUGAAGAUCAAGGUAUGCUGGAUGCUGAUUUUACUAGAGAAGAACUUCAAUUGGUGGUGGAUAAUUCCGAAAGGAAUAUCUCUCCUGGUUUAGAUGGUAUAACCUUCUCAUUCAUGAAAGACUUUUGGAAUGUGAUUAAGGAUGAUGUGUGGGCUGCAGUGUUUCAAUUCCUAUCCUCUUGCACUAUGGAACAGUUUUGGAAAGAAACCUUGAUUGUGCUGAUUCCGAAGAUCAAAUGUCCUCAAGAACCUUCUCAUUUCUGGCCUAUUAGUCUUUGCAUGACUAUUUAUAAAGUUAUUGCAAAAAUGCUUCUUAACAGGUUGGAUAAGGUUAUUCAUAAACUCAUUUCGGUGGAUCAAGCGGCUUUCAUUAAAGGCCGUUCCUUGUCUGAACAUGUAUUGGUGGCUCAAGAGAUUUUCAAUAAAUUCAGAUGGUCCAAAUCUAAUGGUGGGUUGUUAGCAAUCAAGUUGGAUAUGGAGCAGGCUUACGAUAGCAUGGGGUGGGAUGCUUUGAGGAUUAAUAGGGGUAUCUCUAUUUUUCGAUUAGCCCCUAAAAUUUCUCAUCUAUUGUUUGCGGAUGAUAUUCUAAUCUUCUCUGAGGCUAAGGUGAAGGAUGUUAAGGAGUUGAGGAGGAUUAUAAACAAUUACUGUGAUUGGACUGGCCAGAAGGUUAAUCACUCUAAAUCCAUGAUCUUGUUUGGAAAAAAUACAAGGAAAAGAGUUCAGAGGAAAAUGAUUAAACUUCUUAAGUUUAAAAAGGUUAAGGAGAUCAACUAUCUUGGUAUUAAAAUGGCUUUGAGGAGAUUGGGGCCAUCGGAUUUCGAGAAUCUUUUAGAUUUAGCGGCUGGAAGAUUAAAUACUUGGGGUUCAAAAAACAUCUCUCUUGAAGGUAGAUUGGUCCUGUGGAAUUUUGACAAAUUGAAAGAAGCUUUUGGAAGUCAUCCAAUUGAUAUUAUAUCUAAUAUCCCGAUUGAUAAAAGCAAACGGAAUGAUCAGCUGGAGCUUAUAGAGAAAUUUUCUGGUAAAUCAAUCACAGCAUUGGCUUCUACAGCAAAUAUGAAUCAUGUGGAGAGACGGCACUGGGAGAUUUCUGUUAGGCUUCGGUUAUCAACUUUUGCACUGGGAUUUGGCUCAAUGGAAAUGCUUGCUGUAUUGUACCUGAAGAAUGUGAUCCAAGAGUGGAUGUUUGAAGCGCAAGGGGUUAUCAUAUAA